GUGGGCUCCAGUUUUCAGCUCCCAAUGAAGGAGAAUGCAGCCCUGAGACCCUCAAAACCAAGGUUGGCGCUGGCACCUGUCGGGCCACAGGCAGUUAUGUCACCUUCCUCGGAAGAGCCAAGGCUGACUCCGGCGUCUCCGCGACCCAUCCUGGCACGACUGUCUACCCCCGGGGGACAGAAAACAUCUCCUGCCGGCCGAAGCUCCAGCUUGGCUCCAACAUCUGUAGGCCACCUGGUGAUGUCUGCCUCGGCUGGGCCAAAGCCUCCCCCAACGACCUCAGGUUCCAUCCUGGCUCCGGCCUCCCUGGGGCAGCUAGUGAUGUCUGCCUCAGCAGGACCCAGGUCUCCCCCAGCCACCUUGGGGCCCAGUCUGGCUCCAGCUUCCAGGGACCAGAAGCAGGUGCCACCCAACUCCAUGGGACCCAAGCCAGCACUGGCAGCGUCGGGCCUGAGCCUGGCUCUGGCUUCGGAGGAGCAACACCCACUAUCCCCCACCAGCCCCUCCUUGCUGCCUACUCCAAUUCUGUCACCCUCUCAGGAACAAGCCCCAGCCCCAACAUCCAUGACAUCAGCCCCUGCCUCUGUGGGAUGGACACCUGCUAGACAGAGGGAUGCCCCAGCCCUUAGACCUCUCCCUUCUGAGGGGCAUCUCCAACCUCCAACUCAGGCAUCUGGUCCUGUGUGCUCUCCAUCCUCAACCCAGGCUCCUCCAGAUCCCCGGUUCUCCCCUUCCUUCCGAGCCCGGCCCGAGGCCCCCCGCAAUAGCCCUGAAGAUCCUGCCCUGCCGCGACCACCCCAGACUCUGCCCCUGGAUGUGGGCCACAGCCCUCCAGAACCUGGCACCCGCUCCCCUGGACUGCUGUCCCCCACCUUCCGGCCGGCGGGCCUCUCAGCCCAGACAGUACCCCCACCUCUGCCCAAACCACCCAGGUCUCCCAGUCGCUCCCCUAGCCGCUCCCCCGGUGCCCCCCUGGCUUCUGAGAUGGCCCUCCCCAGGCCUGGAAUCCAGGCUGCAGGGCCUGACGGGCACCUGAGCCCCAGCCUUCAGCCUCGGGAAGCCCCAGCCCCGAUCACCACCUCUCCUCCUAUGUCCACCUCAUCAUCCUCCUCUUGGUCAGCACAGCCUACCUGCAAGAGUGACCCUGGCUUCCGGAUCACUGUGGUCACGUGGAACGUGGGCACUGCCAUGCCCCCCGACGAUGUCACGUCCCUCCUCCACCUGGGCGGCGGUGAGGACUGCGACGGUGCCGACAUGAUCGCCAUAGGGCUGCAGGAAGUGAACUCCAUGAUCAACAAGCGGCUGAAGGACGCGCUCUUCACGGACCAGUGGAGCGAGCUCUUCAUGGACGCGCUGGGGCCCUUCAACUUUGUGCUGGUGAGCACCGUGCGGAUGCAGGGAGUCAUCCUGCUGCUCUUCUCCAAGUACUACCACCUGCCCUUCCUGCGGGACGUGCAGACGGACUGCACGCGUACCGGCCUGGGCGGCUACUGGGGCAACAAGGGCGGAGUAAGCGUACGCCUGGCAGCCUUUGGGCACAUGCUCUGCUUCCUCAACUGCCACCUGCCGGCGCACAUGGACAAAGCGGAACAGCGCAAAGACAACUUCCAGACCAUUCUCAGCCUCCAGCAGUUCCAGGGGCCUGGGGCUCACGGCAUUCUGGACCACGACCUAGUGUUCUGGUUUGGCGACCUGAACUUCCGCAUCGAAAACUAUGACCUGCAUUUUGUCAAGUUCGCCAUCGAUAGCAAUCAGCUCCACCAGCUCUGGGAGAAGGACCAGCUCAACAUGGCCAAGAACACCUGGCCCAUCCUGAAGGGUUUCCAGGAGGGACCCCUCAAUUUUGCGCCCACCUUUAAGUUUGAUGUGGGGACCAAUAAAUAUGAUACCAGUGCCAAAAAGCGGAAGCCAGCCUGGACAGACCGCAUCCUGUGGAAGGUCAAGGCUCCAGGUGGCGGUCCCAGCCCCUCAGGACGGGAGAGCCACCGGCUCCAGGUGACCCAGCACAGCUACCGUAGCCACAUGGAGUACACAGUCAGUGACCACAAGCCCGUGGCCGCCCAGUUCGUACUGCAGUUUGCCUUCAGGGACGACAUGCCUCUGGUGCGGUUGGAGGUGGCCGAUGAGUGGGUGAGGCCAGAGCAGGCUGUGGUCAGGUACCACAUCGAAACAGUGUUCGCCCGCAGCUCCUGGGACUGGAUCGGCUUGUACCGGGUGGGUUUCCGCCACUGCAAGGACUACGUGGCUUACGUGUGGGCCAAACAUGAGGAUGUGGAUGGGCACGUCUACCAGGUGACGUUCAGUGAGGAAUCACUGCCCAAGGGCCAUGGAGACUUCAUCCUGGGCUACUACAGCCACAACCACAGCAUCCUCAUUGGUGUCACUGAACCCUUCCAGAUCUCGCUGCCUACCUCGGAGUUGGCUAGCAGCAGCACAGACAGCUCGGGGGCCAGCUCAGAGGAUGAGGAUGACAGCACCCUGGAACUACUUGCACCCAAGUCCCGCAGCCCCAGCCCUGGCAAGUCUAAACGGCACCGAAGCCGCAGCCCAGGUCUGGCCCGCUUCCCUGGCCUUGCCCUUCGACCCUCAUCCCGAGAACGCCGUGGUGCCAGCCGCAGCCCCUCUCCUCAGAGCCGCCGUCUGCCCCGGGUAGCUCCUGACAGAAGUAGUGGUAGCAGCAGCCAGGGCAGUAGUGAGGAGGUGCCCUCCAGGUUGCCUGGCCCCUGGGCCUUCCCACCAGCUGUGCCUCGAAGCCUGGGCCUGCUGCCCGCCUUGCGCCUGGAAAGCGUAGACCCUGGUGGCAGCAGUCGCAGCGGCUCUUGGGGACCUGAUCCGGAUACCCCAGUCUCCAGCAGCCUGUCUCCCAGUCCUCAGGGCCAGCAGGGGCUGGAGGAGGGGGGCCUGGGUCCCUGAGAGGCAGAGUGUGGACCCAUCUGCCCUCUUUGUCCCAAUCUCCCGCAAACCCGCCUGCCUCUUUCCUGCUGCUGUUCCAGCUCAAUCUGCACACCUGGGGUGGUCACCUGGGGCCCCCAAAACUCGGCCACCGCAUCUCAACUGUGACAAUCAGCAAAGCUCCAUCCUGGCCUCCAUCUGGGAUGGAGGUGGGAACUCUGGCAGAUGUCCCAUCCGGGAUGUCAUCGUUAGGAAUUAAAUUCUCUAGC